AUGUCCGACAACGACAGUCAAGCCCAAGCAGAAUGGCAACGCAAGCUCCAGCUAUAUCCCUCGCUGAAGAAGUUCGAGGAGCAGGGAGAUGACUUUGUCGAAUCCCACGACGGCCGCGAGGAGAGACUCCUGGCCUUCAUCAAAGCCCACCCGAGCUUCUCGAGCAUGCAGGGAAACCCGUCCCUCAUCCUUAAAGCGAUGGACGAGUACGCGUAUCAGCAAGACUUCCUCAUCAACAUUGGAGAGGGCAAGGGGAGGAUCCUGAGUGAUCUGAUUGCCAAGCAGAAGCCAAAAGUCCUUGUUGAGCUGGGCGGUUACGUCGGAUAUUCUGCUAUCCACUUCGCGGGCCAGAUGCUCAAAGCAGCGAACAAUCCUUCGGAGGUCCAUCUCUGGAGUCUGGAGUUCGAUGCCAACUUCGCUGCUAUUGCUUCUGAGCUGAUCGCUCUCGCCGGCUUGAAGGAUAUCGUGACGGUCGUCGUAGGGUCGGCUGAUGAGACCUUGCGUAAGCUGAAGUCCGAGAGGAAGCUCUCGAGCAUCGACUUCUUCUUCUUGGACCACGUGGAAGACCUGUAUGAGCAGGACUUCAAAGUAGCAAUGGACGAACUGAAGCUCCUCGGUCCAGGAGCGGUUGUCGUGGCCGAUAACGUCGUGCGACCCGGCGCUCCAAAGUACAGAGAGCAUGUCAGAAGCCGCUCGGACGUAAAGAGCGAGGGUGUGAAAGGACUCAUCAUGCCUGGCGAGCUUGAAGUAGGUCCUGUCAUCUCCAGUGGUCGUUCAACGCUGAUGUUCGCAGGACGAGCUCGAAGUCACGUAUGUCUUGUAAAAGCGCAAGGGUUUUACAGGAUCGCUCCGCUGAGAGAGGAGCCCCGAUGUGACCAGAACCGAGACCGUAUAGCAAAGACUGAAUCUGUGGGUAUGGCUUAG